GCGCGUUCACUCCCAGCGGCACGUCACAUCAUGAGUGUGUUGGGAUAAAGAGGCUUCAACUGGGGAUUUAAGCUGAUGUCUACUGUCUAGACGAAGUACACAAGAAGCGAGGAAUUAAAUGCAUAGUUAUAUAUAGUCGACCUCUAUUCUUCGACUCUGUACUGAGCAGGAAUUUUACUGGACUGGGUUUUUUUAAUAAUUCCUGUUCAUAGACAAUCAUCGGAACAGAUGAAGCUAGCGUAGACUGUUAGCUGCGAGAAUUCAGAUGACAAAUCCUGUAAGAGUCACACCCUAAUGUUCACUGUCCUCGCACCGGCCACGCGACUGCGGGUACAGAUGCCCGACCCUGCGUUUCGUUUCGGAGUAGAUUAUUACUUAUAAAGAUAUUGUUCUUAUUUGUGCAAAACAACUAAGAAGUGAGGUCAUGUAUGUCCGGUUUCAGUCUACUUUGCUGGGAUACAGAUAACGUUAGUCGGCUAGCUUAGUGUGUGAUCGUCAGCAGAAGAAGACUGAGGAAUAUGAGUUCACCAAUGUACACUUUUGUUUUGAGAGAUGACAACAGUACUGUGUAUGCUGAAGUCGCCAAGAUCCUCACCUCUACUGGAAAAUGGAAACGACUGAAGAAGGACAAUCCUCGGUUUAAUUUAAUGCUGGGAGAGAGAAAUCGGCUGCCUUUUGGACGACUGGGUCAUGAACCAGGACUGAUGCAGCUGGUGAAUUAUUACAGAGGAGCCGAUAAACUGUGUCGCAAAGCAUCAUUGGUCAAGAUUAUCAAAACCAGUCCAGAGUUAAAGGACUCCUGUAACUGGUUCCCUGAGUCUUACAUCAUAUACCCAACCAACCUCAACACCCCAGUGGCCCCGGCCACCAAUGGCAUCAGCCACAUGAAGAGCAACCCAAAGACAGAUGAGCGAGAGGUCUUCUUAGCUUCAUAUAACUUCAGAAAGGAAAGCGGAGAGGGAACGGUGUGGAUCGCCAAAUCAUCAGCAGGUGCAAAAGGAGCAGGUAUAUUGAUAUCUCAUGAUGCAAACCAGUUGCUAGAGUUCAUCGAUAAUCAAGGCCAAGUGCAUGUCAUUCAGAAGUAUCUGGAAAAACCACUGCUGUUGGAGCCGGGACAUCGCAAAUUUGAUAUAAGGAGUUGGGUGCUUGUAGACCAUCAGUACAAUAUCUACUUGUACCGCGAGGGUGUGUUGAGGACGUCUUCCGAGCCCUAUAACAGCUCAGAUCUCCAGGAUAUGACCAGCCACCUGACGAAUCACUGCAUCCAGAAAGAGCAUUCGCAGAACUACGGCCGCUAUGAGGAGGGCAACGAGAUGUUCUUUGAUGAGUUCAGACAGUACCUGUUAACCACACACAAUGUUGCCAUGGAAACAUCUAUUUUACCUCAGAUCAAGCAUAUUAUCAGGAGCUGUCUCACAUGCAUCGAGCCAGCCAUCAGCACAAAGCACCUGUCCUACCAGAGCUUCCAGCUCUUUGGCUUUGACUUCAUGCUGGACGAGAGCUUUAAAGUCUGGCUAAUUGAGAUCAACGGGGCUCCUGCCUGUGCACAGAAACUCUACCCUGAGCUAUGUCAAGGCAUCGUGGACGUGGCCAUCUCCACAGUGUUCUCUCUGAGCGCAGAUGCUUUCUCAUCCUCGCCUCCGUUCUCCACUUCUCCAUCUCUUUCCACCAACUCCUGCUCCUCACCCAAGAUCAGAGCGCCCCAUCAGUUCGGCCCAUUCAUCAAACUAUAAAUUGCUGUUGCGAGAUGCUGCUUUUGCCAUACAAACCCCGUCCCCAUAGUCCUGCCUGAAAACAACAUCAUCCAAUCUGAGAGGCUUAACCUGAUCUUGGGGCUGAACAUAGAAGGGUUUCAUCUCUGUCUGAAGAGGACAGAAGGUACAUGGGGUCACUUCUGUAUCAGGCAUCCUCCUCUUCACAUUUCCAUCCAUCAUUUCUAAAGCAAACACAGAAGAGUCCACAGAGAGCACGAGUUUCCAAAGUAAAGACCGGAAUGUGAGGAUAAACGUGCACAUACCAGUGUAGCAUUACCCAGAAAAGAGCGAUUUGUUUCUAAAGCCAAGCAUGCACACUGAUAAUCGAGACUAUGUUUGUCCAGGAGUUUAACACUUACGUGAUUUGAAGACUUGAAUUUGCGAGCGCACAUUUGAAGGAGGAGCGGAAACCAAAGAGCAGGGUUUAGCUCCUCUAUGCCCCAGAUCUGUUGCGUCAAAAAGACUCCUCAGGACUUUCCCAGGCACCUUGAUGUAACGGAGGAUGGAUUUGAGACUUUAGUGCCUUACAUAUUCACAUUCUGUCAACACUAACUUCCACAAGCUUGUCUGGCCUUUUGUACGUCUGUAUGUGUCCCAUCAACUGUAUUAUCUAAUAGAUUCUUGUGUGCGUUUUGUGCUAUUAUCUUCAGUGUACUAAAUGGUUUUUAAACCACAAAAGAGUCUUUCUCAGAUUCAGAUAUUUAUGAUUUGCAGUGUAGUGUACAUUGUUGUGAUGUCUACAAGACAGUAUUUGGUAGAAGUAGCAGAAGAUAAUCUGUUUGCAUUGUUACUGUUCUGUCCAGUGAGACCAGAUUUAGUCUUCCCACUGAUUCUGUUAUUGUUUGUACAGACGCAUUUUAGGUUCAUAAUUACUUCGUGACAGGCAAUCAAGAACAUCUGGGAAUUGGGGAAUCACUGCCUUCUGCUUGUGUUGUCAUGAACAUUCACGACUCAUCACUUACUAUUCAUAGACAACUGAUAAUAGUUAUUUGCAGUAGUUAUUUUGUUCAUUCCAAACUGUGUCAAGAGUUUCUGAAUGACUAAAUCUUUGGUGGACUGAGAUGUUGCAUGUCAAAGCAUGUUAAAAACAAGGCUCUUUUUACAUACCUAGAGAAAAUUAAGUUUUUACACAAAGGAAUUGUUCACCCAAAAAUGAACAUUUCCUGAUUAUUGCUCACCCCAAGGCUGUCCAAGAUGUAUAUCUUUCCUCAGCCGAAAAUAAAUGAAGGCUUUGAGGAAAAACA